AUGCAGCUUUACAACAGCGCCUUAACGCACUACCCACGGUCUUCCAGCAAAGUCACCGUCACUCUAUCCGGCGGAACCGUCAGCCCGACUGAGGAGGACGCGCCUGGACCGAGCCAGCCACACGCCAGCGAUCCAGCAGCCACUUCCGCAAACAUGCCUGCCUUUUCUUGCUACGAAGCCACCGCCUCCUCUUCCAGGCACAGGCCCGUUUACUUCACCUCCACUGCCGAGUUGCGCAUACGCAGAGCGGACGGAGUGGAGAGGACUGUUCCAAUCCAAAUCACCAGGGUGCGUAAGCCUCCAUCCCCUGGAGAUGAAUUGCGGGACUUGAUCAAUGAGCUCAAAGACGGUACAGAUGGACUUUACCUGGAUGACCCCCCUGACAGGGUUCUUUUUGAGGAGGACGCCAGAAUAAACAGGCAGGUACCUGAAGAGGUUCCCUGUGGAGCUCCUGUGGAGUCUGAAUCUCACUUGAAUGAUGAGUCGGCUACAUCAGACUUUGAGCUCAGCGUCCUGCAUGAGCAGAGAAGGGACGACAAAGUGAUCCAAGAUGACAAGGUGGUCCGGGACGACAAGGUUGCCCGCUACCUGGCCGAAGUGGAGACACAGAACAAGUACCUCCAACAGAAGCGCAAAUUUCGCUAUCACAUCAUUCCAGAUGGGAACUGCCUGUACCGGGCUGUGUGCAAAGCCACGUAUGGCGAUCAGGGAGGUCACGGGGAACUACGGGAACGAACGGUCCACCACAUCGCCGACCACCUGGACCAGUUCAACCCUGUCAUCGAGGGCGACGUGGGCGAGUUCCUCAUCAAUGCGGCGCAGGACGGCGCCUGGGCCGGGUACCCCGAGCUUCUCGCCAUGAGCCAGAUGCUCAAUGUCAACAUCCACCUGACAACUGGGGGCAGCGCUGAGAGCCCCACUGUGUCCACCAUGGUGCACUUCCUGGGCGAGGAGGACACGUCCAAGCCGGCCGUCUGGCUGAGUUGGCUGAGCAACGGACACUAUGACGUCCUUAUGGACACCCACGUGGACAACCCAGAAUACGAGGACUGGUGCAGAAACUCCCAAAUGCAGAGGAGACGGGAUGAGGAACUGGCCAAGUCCAUGGCAGCGUCCUUGUCCAAAAUGUACAUUGAGAACAUUGGGGCCGUGUAA